AUGGAAAUUGUAUCCCAAGGCUACAAAGUGGAAUUAGAAGAGGUGCCUCCUCGCCGAUUUUUCAAGUCUGCUUUGCCAGCUUCUCCCCCAGAGAGGGAAAUAGUUUUAGCUGCAAUUCAAAAGCUGUGUCAACAGCAAGUGAUUACCAAAGUUCCCCUAGUCCAGCAGGGGAAAGGGAUUGACAUUUACACAUUAGAAGCAUCGUGCAAAAUCCAGAAUUACACGUUUGUGGAUCCCAUCAUCCCAACAAGAUUAAGUCUUGUACUAUCACAGCAGCAGAACUUGACCUCCGGCUGUAUAAAUCCUAUUGGCUGCCCAUUUACAGAUCAGUCGAGGAUAAAUGAUGUCAUUCGCUUCACAGCUACUGCAGCACUAAUAUUGCUCAAGUGCCCAAUGACCAGCGUUGGGCCGGCAAUUUUAGAUGGCACCAUGCAGUGUAUUGACGCUGUCCGUUUUGAAGAACAGGAUACAUGCACCCAAGCCUACUUAUUCCAUGCCGCAGCUGUACGAAAACAGACAGACAAGUGUAAAAGCAUGUAUGCUAUAUUACAGGGAAAAGUCAUCAGAGAAGGUCUCAUGGCCCACUGGGAAUGCGAGUCCUCCUCAGAGAAUGUAGUGGUCACAGCCAACAUAUGUUCAGGCAUCAUGAAGUGUAUUGACAUGACUCAGGAAAUCAAGGACUUCCUUGGCCCAGUAGCAGUAUACUUGAUUUCACAACUGAACCCAAGUGGUGGUUUCCAGAACUCACAGGACACAGUAGAAGCUAUGGAUGCAUUGACGCUUUAUGGAAGACUGCUAGGCAAUGUAGGUGAUACUAAUGCAGUAAUUUCUGUGAAAAAUGGGGAUACAGUAGUUGCCAACAUAACUGUGAAUGAAGAUAACAAGUUCGUGGUCCAGUCACAGAAGCUGAGUAAUAACUCAUAUGGAACAUUCAAAAUUUCUGCCACUGGCAGUGGAAAUCUUCUGGUACAGAUAACCAAUUCGUACAACACCAUGAUUCCCAAGGAGGAUUCUCCCUUCUCAUUUACAGUAACUGCACAGGCUGAGUGUAUAGGAGGAGUUGCUACGGUCUAUAACAUCUCAAUCUGUGCCAGCUACAUAGGAAAUCGAACUACUACCAACAAUGUACAAAUUGACUUUAAAUCGCUUACUGGGUGCACGGUUGAUGGAUACUCAAUGUACAAGUUGUUGGAAAACAAAACGAUCUGCGAUUAUAAAAUAGUGGAUGAUCACAUGACUAUUAAUCUGGACCCUUUUCCCCAAGGUGAGGAACGCUGCUUCACCUUCUCCUCAUACGUGACGAGCCAAGUUUACACCAUGCAGAGGAGUUAUGCUAUUAUACAAGACUCAUUUGACGCACACACGUCUGCGUUUGCUUGGUAUAGCUACCCCUGUAACCAGGACAAGCAAUAACCCGGGUGGCACCAGCAAAUGAAAGAAGCCUGAUCACAGUAUAAGAAACACAACAGAAACCUGAUUACAGCCUGAUACAUUACACAGCUGAAGAGAUCAUUCUAAUCAUUGGAAAAUGCAAUUCUGAUCUGUUAUAGUGAUGAGCGGAUUCAAUAGGAAGGAUAUGAUACGGGGAAUGUUAAAGUAUCUAACCAUAAGGAAAAAAUAUUUUGCAAGUAACAACCCAUUUUUAUGAUUAGACAAAAUUGAUGCUUUGUGAUUUGAACAAAUGAACUCUUGCGUGUCUGACAACAAAAACAUUUUACAAAUGUUCACACUCGGUCAAUGUGUCCAGGGACAUCUACUGCUCUAUUCAGUCUCUGUCACUACUAUGUUUGUUCCCGAUGUAGCUUGUGCCAUGUAAUUAAAGGUUUCCUCUGGUAAUAUUUACUUGUGAAACAAAAAUAAAAUCGACCAAUCUGUA